GAACGUUCGAGUCUGCGGCCCGCGAUCCUUCUGUACAGCCCAGUGCCAGCCUGUGCGCGUGUGUGUACUUUGUGUCGUUGCUCGCGGGAUCUUGUGCUCGUCUCAUCGGAGCGCCCGGUGAAAAGAAAGAAAGGAAGAAAAAAAAAAAGGAGUGUUGUCGCGGCGACCAAGAACUGCCUGACUGCUGCUGCUGCUAAGGAAUCGGUUUCGCCCGUUCAACAUGCUGUCCCGUCCGGGCGAGGCGGUCGUGCUGGUGACGGGAGCCACGGGCUAUGUGGGCUCACACAUUGUGAAGCAGCUGUUGGAGGAAGGUGAGCUACGCGUCCGGGCCACGGUGCGCAACCUCGAGCAGGAGGACAAGACCAAGUUCCUGCGUGAGUUGGUGCCUGAUGCCAAGUACCCUAUCGAGCUGGUCCAGGCAGACCUUCUCAAGGAGGACACCUGGAAAGAUGCUGUGAAGGACUGCACAUAUGUAGUGCACGUGGCUGCACCCACACCGCACUCUUCGCUCUCCAAGGACAAUGAUCUACUCAAGCUGGCCGUCGAUGGUACCAAGGCUGUGCUGCAAGCCUGUGCUGACUCCGGCACUGUCAAGAGGGUUGUUCUCACCAGCUCCAUCAGUGCCGUCUUUGAUCAGUCCCAGCCAGCGAGUGCCCUAAGUGAGCGUGAAGGCAAACCUUUCACAGAAGCUGACUGGAGCAAUGCCGAAUCUACAACCUUGGACGCCUAUGGCAAGGCUAAGACGCUCCAGGAGAAGGCAGCGUGGGAUUUUGUGAAGGAGCUGCCAGAAGAGAAGAAGUUUGAGCUGGUGGUCAUUAACCCUGGACUCUGCAUUGGACCUCUGCUGCAGAAGACAACCCAUGGCGUGCCCACUAGUGUUCUGCUGAUCAAGCGCUUCAUGGACCGGUCUAUACCACUGGUGCCUCCGGCAUCACUCAGCGUGGUGGAUGUUCGUGAUGUGGCACGGGCACACAUACGUGCGCUGAUUGUGCCAGGAGCAGCAGAGAACCGCCACAUUGUCACCAACCAGUGCAUAUCUGUCAAGGACAUGGCCACAGCACUUGCAAAGGAGUUCAAGCCGCAUGGCUACAGCAUUUCAACAGCUGGAGCACCGUACUUCCUGAUGUGGCUCAACAGCCUGGUGGACAAGAACUCCAAGCUGCUCAUGUCCAAGCUGAACAAGCCAAGCACAUAUGACAAUGCCCGCAUGCGUGAGGUGCUCGAGAUUGAGCCCCGCGAUGUGCAGCAGUCGAUCCUGGACACUGCCUACAGCAUGAUCCAGCUGGGUGUCGUCAAGAAGUCUAAGAAGAUGAAGAAGCAGGAGCUUUCGACCGAAGGAGAGGGCCAUGUGAAUGGCGACUUGAAUGGUGAAAAGGCAGAUGAUGAAAAGGAUGAGAAGAAAGAAGGAGAUGAUGAAGAGAAGGCUACUGAUGAGAAGAAGGAGUUGGCUGUCGAGGACACCAAGAAAGUUGAAGAGGUCACCAAGAAGGCCGACGAGGUCAUUGCUGAGCCCCCACAAAACAAGGAACUUGAGCCUGAAGACAAGGUCGAGAAGGCAAAUGGCGAUGUUGCGGAACCGCCACCACAGCCUGUAGAGGUGGCUGCAAACUGAGUUAGGCAGAUGCAACACACAUACACACACACACACACAUAACACAUACACUCCUUUUUUUUUUGUUGCCCCUACCUUUAACGUGGGUAGGCAAGGCGAUUGUUUUAUUAUAUGCUGUAGGUUCUUGGCAGGUCACUGAAUUGAACACGUCAGGAGAGAGAGGUUUUAUGUUCACCAGUGUAGCAGUGUGAUUGAAGCCUUUAUGGGCUACUGAAAUUGGCGGCUGAAACACAUAGCCUACAGGAAGUGUGAAAAGUCAUGCAAGUGUUUAUCAUUAAAAAAAAUACUAUAUAGAAGUAAACUAUGCAGUGUGCAUGAUUGACAGUUCCUUGACAGUAACAUGCAUAAGCAAGCCCUGUCUGGGCUUUGCGGCCUUCCACAGUGUCAACAUUCUCGAUACUGGUCAAGCAAGUCACAUGCGCAUAACACCCAAGGUGAAUCAGUAUCUCUCAUGAAGCGCUUCUUUCGGUGUCCUUUCCAAGAACGGGGUUUGGGAACACUCUUGUGUUGUCAUCUGCGGAUGACAUCUUCGUGGAGUCUCUAUAUGUGUCGCCUGGUAGAUCCAUCCAAAGAAAACUGAGGGGCUGCAUUGUCAACACUGGAUGCUUUGGUGCCAGAUAGAAUCAUCAGCAUUACUUAAGUAAAAAACAGCACCACUGUAGAAACCUGCCACAACUUGCCUCUGCCAGUCUAAUUGUAGCUUUGUUGCUUCCAUGAUAUGCUUCAGGACAAAAAAAUUUCCCUUCCGCUUCACUGAGAAGGUGUAGAAGGAGGAGAAAUAUGCAAAAAUGAACAUGGACGAGACUGCAUUAGACAAAAAAACAGGAAAAGUAUUUUUGAUCACAAUAUAUUUUAAAGACAUUUAGCAGCAAGCCAAAGCUUUUCUAAACAGUUAAUUCAGAAAUAAAGCGGAUAUUUUGUAGGGAGGAAAAGGAAAAUGUGAACCUAUAAGCCUGGCAUUCAAGUUCACCAUGCAUCGCACCACAAAAACAUAGGCGCAUUGCACCCUGCCAUCUAAGCACUUUCACUUAGAGUACAGACUUCAUGAAAAUGCUACUUCCAAGACGAACAACUAGAGGGUGUUCCAUGUCUUCCUAGGCUCUUGUAAAAUCCACAAGAAUGGAAGGCGGUCUGAGAUGAGAGACGCAGACACUAUGCGCCAAUGUUUACAAUGUCAAUUUUGUUUAGCUCUUCCUUUCCAAGGGCUCAGUGCACCUCUCUGGUGCACAUGCGGGAGUGUUUUUCAUUUUUAACUGUUCUCGCAUUAUUGGUCUAGCACUACCGCAAUGCGUUGAUGACAGUGUUGUUUGUCACCAUCGCCUGUAUUUUUGCAUUUUAUGUUCGUGUACCUCUUUCUAGCCUGCACUUUGAGCAAAAGUGUAUACAACAUAUAUCUUGUGCAGUUUUAGCCUUUUGAGUCUCUUCUUUUAUUCCAGGAGUUUGACAGCUGUGCUGAAGACUCUUGUCAUUGUCUUGUGGCUAAUUCCAUCUUGUCACCAACUGUAGAAGCACUCUAAAUACUAUACAAAAGAGUUGCAUAUAACAAGCUUUCAUUUGUUUUAUGUCAUCACAAUUUAUUUUAGCAAUUCCCGAUACAAAAGAUAUUUUAGAAAGGCAUGGUUUGCUCGCAACACACGGCAAAGACAAACAAACAGGCUGUGUAACUGUAUGCUGGGGAAAUGUUCGUUUCUCAAGCCAUCGAACUUGUGAGGUAUAUUUGCCUGAUGCUCAUCACUAUGCUGUCAGAAAAGUGUUGUCCAUGAUCACGUCCUUUUAACGAGUGAUGUGUUGGAUUCACUAUUUUGCUAUAUUAAAUUCCAUGCAGCACUUCCAGUGGCACAUUCUGCCCCCAGCUGCAUAUGUUUUGAGCUGGCCAUUAUUAUUGUUAUUAUUUCAUAGUAACUUCUGCCCUUCCUUUUACAACCUAUGACUUCGUCAGUCAAGUGCUGGGUGUGCUUAUACUAAUUGCAGCUGUUAAGUAACAGCGAAAACGGAAAUUGCAUGAAAAUAUUUGGUGUACUCGGUCUGUUUCAUAUUGUGAAGGUUUCUAUGCCUAUAUACACCACGCUGUCUCGUUUCUCUCAGCUGUGUACCAUGGCCUUUCCGAGAUGUGGGGUUAGCAGCUGCUGCGACUUCAAUGACAAAGUUCAAGUUGGUUGUUGCUGUAUAGCGAGCAGUGACAGCUCUGUUUUGCGUGCGACAUGCUCUUUCUCUUGGUGCGACAUGCUUGUUCGGCAUGCAUUUUCAUUUCUUUUUACUAUGUAUGCAGCUGUGUAAAUAAGUUUUAACGCUGUGUCAUUGCCAGAGUUUGUCAGUGGCAGACCCUGGUGCAACCUCUACCCUUUCCCUGCUGAAAGAAAAGCUUCUCAAGAACCUUUGAAUAGAUUUUGGUGCUGCAGCGCAUCUUGUCUCCCCACUUUACAAGACUUUCUGCAACCCUAUGUAAACAUUGCUCCCGUCACUGUAAUGAGUAACACUCAAUGUGUGAACACACUGGCUCGCGAGUACACAAACACACAGAACUACCUACACACAUGCAUCUCUGUCAGUGCGUUGAUGUCGCGAUCCAAUUGUGCAAUGCUGGAAAUGGUAACCUGUUGGCGUUAUGCUGUCCCUUCAGAAACGCUGAAGCGUUGCACACCAAUCCCUCUCAUUCCUUGUCACACCUCACUCAAGUGGUGCUUUAUUCUCUGUACGAGAGCUCUCCUAACAUUAUCAUUAUUUUCUUUUGCUUCAAACUGUUUUUUGUCUGUUUUGAAAACUAGGUUUUGAAUGGUCAGUGGUGCAGGAAUGAUGUCAGGCCUUUAGCUUGCAAGCUUCGGAGGCUUUGACAACAGUCCUUGUUUUGUGAGACAUUAUGUGUCACAUUUUGCCUUUUUUCUUCUUUAGGAACCAAAGAUAACACCAAGAUGACAGUCAUUCUGAGAACUAACUAAAUAUAGGUGCACAGUGUAAGCAAGUUUUUAGUGAAAGGGAAAUUUUUAAAGCAUUUUUUAGUGUUCUCUUAGCACCCAUAUUUGGCAGUAUUACAGGAUUACUAUUCAUAGAUUAAAAAGAAUUGUUUUGCAAGACUGCUAUGGCAGUGUGUCAUAUUAAGACUUUACACAAGCAUUUGUACCAUGCCAUGGCCAAAGCGGCCAUGCCACCUAAGUGACAACUUGUUUUUAUAUGCAUAAUGAGUUGAGCAGUUUCAGAAGCCUGAAUAUUUCAGACUGUGCUCAAUUUUUACAUGCAUGAGUAAGCAGGUUUGAGAUGGAUGGCUGUAUUCACAGCUGAACAUUUACAUACAGCAGUUACCAAACACAUGUUAUAUGGUUGCAAUUGCUAAGCGAAUGACUAACCAUAUAGUAUGCCACUUUUAAAAUCAUAUACCUUAUCUUAUACACAGGUGUAGGAACAUUACAGCCAGCUUUGAUAUCAAGUUUUUCACUUCUUUUUUUACAACCUUACUUUUGAUAUGUGCUUCAUAAUGGCACACAAUUUUUUUACGCAAUUAGAAGAAUCGUAGUGAUUGGAAGUACAGAGGAAAGGUAACUGAGGUGUGUGAUAUUUCUGCAGUUUCUAAUUAGCAUGUUCAUAACCAAGGGGCCAAAAUGUGAAGUGUUUUAUGUUUGGUGCAUGCCAUUGACAGAAAUGAACCAUUGAUUCAUCGCGGACUCGUUACAUAUCCAUCUCUUAAACUUGUACUCUCGAAAAGUCGCACAUAAAGGGUGAUGAAGUCAGCAUGUUUUUAGAGAAAAUGGUUAACAAGAAAGCAACCUAUUUGUUUCAAUUUGGCAUAUAAGGUCCCACGGUAAAUAAACAUUGUCAGUGCUUGUCUGGCAUAUGAGAAGAAAACCAUCGCAACAAUGAGUCAAAUAGAGCGUCAGCAGUGCAUAGGCUAUGUUGACGCAGUGAUGCUGUAGUCUGCAUGGGGUUUAUGUAAAGACAGAGUUAGUUGCAAAAUGAAGUCUUCAUCUAAGUGCUGCUUCUAAGCAGCAAGAGACCAGACUUCCUCGGAUGCGUAGUUACUUUGCACUUUCAUGCUACAUACAAGUACACCGUUGUCGGGCAGUUUUCAUUUUUUCUUCCUUGUAACAUUGUGACGUUUUUCGCAAAAGCUGGGAAAAUAAGCAAUUUUCACUCAUAUCUACACACUUAUGUGGAGAGCAUGCACAUUGGCUGAAACAUGCUACAUACUCGCCCAAACCCACUCCGACCUGUGUGCAUCGUAUGGCACGACACUUCCUGUCACGGUCAACCUGUUGUUCAUCAAAGUCUUAUCUUCUUCUCGGCCAAAGCCAAAAAAAAAAGUAUCUUCAGCCAUGCAAAGUGCCGGCAUAUUUCUGGCUCAAUCUAACAUGAGGAGUAAAAUAAUUGAAAUCACUACCAACAAAUUACUGCCGUAUUACAUAAUUGCCACUGGUGGUGCUAUGCUGAGGACCUCGCGUGCGAGGUUCUUGCACCGAUAGAGGAAGGAAAGGAACUGGGGUCCUCUCGUCCUUUUUGACUGCCCCUGCUAAGAGGUGGUGCAUAUACCUCCAGUCAUUAGCCCUAGCUUUCUAUACACUUCGUGACAGCGUGCAGACCAACAACACUCAGAGCCAUUUUCUCGAAACUCUUUUAGACGGCCACACUGCCUCUUUUUUUUCUUGAAAGAUUUACUUGAUUACCAAGCACUAGUCAGUAGAUGAAAAAAAGUUUAUGGCAGAAGCAAGCAACAAGAAGUCCUUCGAUGUUUAUAUUUAUAUGUAAAGCCCCAAUUUGUUUUAUGCGGACUUCUCUAUCACGCUGCUGCGUACAUCACAUUUAGUUUACAGCCUUCUUUUCCCCUACUUCAUACAGAAGCCUACCUUCCCAAAGCUGCCAUGUGUUGAUAUGCCUUUACGAACAGAGCAACACAACUAAACUUUCAGCGAGCGAUAAAAAGAACAGCAGACAGAGAAGAAACACUAGCUGCUCUCACUCGGCAAACCUCGUGUAUGUGUACAGAGAGCGCAGGUUAUCGUUUGCUGUAUGACAUGUGCUUUUCCUUACCAGCUCGGAGCUCUUCCUUGUCUUUUCCUCCACCAAAUUUCCCAUGCCCCCCACCUAAGGGACUACAAGGUCCCAUACUGCUUGAAGAAAAAGGGCAAGGCAACAUUGAUAAGAGGAAACAUGUCAUGCUAUUUGUUUCAUUUAGCUGUUUAGACGAACAUUGACACCUUGCUCUUACAUUCUUCUCACUCUUCUAUCUCUGUUCUUAUUUCUUCAACUGCUUUCUUUUGCACUGCGAUCUGUGUGCUCAGCUUUGUAAACUCCAUAGAAAAAAAAAAAGAACACUACUUCUACCAGUAGAUGUAUACACAGUCUCCUCCCGUGUAUUUGUAUGCUUGUUAAUAAACGACGAAAAGAAAACAAA